AUGAGUGUUAGCUCACCUAAUGAUAGCCCUGAAGUGUCAGGAGGUGACACUCAUUCCAGUGGCAGUAGUCUGGGAAGAGAUAAGGAGAUCAAAGAACUUCGGAGUUGGUUAAACAACCAUAAAUGCCAACAUUUGGCACCGCUUUUCAUAGAGAAUAACGUCACGUUGGACCUUGUAGCUGAAUUAGAUGAAAGCGGGUUGAGGAGUAUGGGCAUUACUAAAGUUGGUGAUAGACUUCGAUUAGAGUUGGCCAUAUCUUCAUUGAAAGCCGAAAGUGUUCUGAGUAAUGUUACGUUUGACGAGCUAACCAGGUUGCUCAACUUGAACUUGAACCUGAACCUUCAAGCCACUGAAAAUGACAACAGUUCCAAUGAUAUGUCUCCAGUUAAUGAUUGGGUGGUACUGGCUCAUUCAAGUAAUGAUAACUUCCCACUACAGAAUAAUGCCAGUAAGCCUACAAAGGACACUAGUAAGACGAUUACGUUUAUUUCACAGGACGGGGUUCCUCGGAAAGCCAACAUAGUCGGUUGUUUUAAUGCUCAAUCGAUCAAGAGAAAGAUGAUCAAGAAGUUGGGGUUGAAAUUACCCGAAUCAAAGUUUGAUACUUAUAUUCAUGCAUCCCCCACCAACAGUACCACUGAUCAGAAUGGACUUAGUAUAUUAUUUGACGUUGAAUUGGUUACCAUUUGUUAUUCUCCUGAAAGAGUUGAAAAGCAUCGGAUCAUUCUUUGUCCCAAGUCCGAAUACCCUUCAGAACAAGCAUUGGAAACAUCAAAGAGUAUUUUGAAUAAGUAUCGUUUAAUUGCUGAUAAAUUAACCUCUGAAGAUUUAAGUGACUUCCAUAUGCCUGAAACCCCAGGAAGAGGAGGUGGACCUCCAAGAACCAUUAGGAAUUUCUUUGGUCAAAGGCCUCCAAGUGAAUUGAUUUCAUCUAACUUGGCGGAAUACUUUCCUGAUGCUCAUCAAAGUCAAUUGGAAGCAACAGUUCGAAAUUCCGUUAGACAUAGUGUAAGAUGGUCUAAGAAGUUCCAUUUACCCACUCUCAUUGGAUCUCAUAGUCCUUCAGCUUAUUCUAUAUCUUCUGGAGACAAUAAAACCAUUAGGAAGAUCCACACUGCUCGAACAAUUGGUGAUGUUAUGGUGAAUAAUAUCACUGCUAUUGAUGAAGCUGUGAAUUCUCAAGAGAGUUUAUUUACUAAACCUCCUAGUAUUUAUAAUGGUAGUGAUAGUAGAUCACUUGUUUCUGGAAUGUCUAAACGAGUUUCUAUUGCUGCCAGUUUCACAGAUGAUGAUAGGCAUUCUCGAAUAGAAUUAUUAAGUAUUGAUCUGGACUCCGAUGAAAAUGAAGAUUUCAUCGAUGUUUAUGGGAAUUUCCAAGAAUUACAUGAAUCCAAUACUUUGGAUUCCUUUGCUAAGGGGAAUAAGAAAUGGGUACAAGGUGCAAGAAUAGGUCUGGGAUCUUUUGGAACGGUUUAUUUGGGUAUGGAUCCAAUUACUGGAGAAUUAAUGGCAGUGAAACAAGUUUGUUUACCUGAUAAACAUAUUGAGAGUAGUCGAACGACUCUGCAACAAUCAAUGAUUGAAGCGUUACAACAUGAGAUGACUUUAUUGAAGGAUUUGAAUCAUGAGAACAUCGUUCGAUAUUUGGGGACAUCAAUGGAUGAAUCUUUCCUUAACAUUUUUCUAGAAUAUGUUCCUGGUGGGUCAGUUCAAUCUAUGCUUUUAUCUUACGGACCAUUUGAAGAGCCAUUGAUUCGAAACUUUGUGAGACAAGUUUUAAUUGGUCUAAGUUACUUGCAUGGGAAAGAUAUUAUCCAUAGAGAUAUUAAAGGAGCUAAUAUCUUAAUUGAUAUAAAGGGAACAGUUAAGAUUAGUGAUUUUGGGAUCUCUAAAAAGUUAACCGAAGAUAAUUCUGGUGGUGAUGAUAAACGAUCAAGAAGAGCUUCAUUACAAGGAUCAGUUUAUUGGAUGGCACCAGAAGUAGUUAAGCAAACGGCUUACACCAAGAAGGCAGAUAUUUGGUCUGUGGGAUGUCUCAUAGUGGAAAUGUUCACUGGGAAACAUCCAUUCCCUGAGUUCAGUCAGAUGCAAGCCAUAUUCAAGAUUGGAACUCAUAUUACGCCACAAAUACCCGAAUGGUGUACUAAGGAAGCCAAAAACUUUUUGGGAAGGACAUUUGAGUUGGACUAUAAGAAACGACCAGAUUCAGUUGAUAUGCUCAAUGAACCAUUCAUGAAUAAUUUGAUCAUGACCAAAAAGUAA